UGCAUGGUGUGCAAGCAAUGCAGAUGCACACAGUACCCGGUCUCUCUCUCUGUGUGUGUGUGUGUGUGUGUUAGUGAAUGCAUCAGCAUGCGUUCAGUCCCCACUGCUGAAGAAUGAGAGCGAUUCUAAAGAACGGAAGUGAACCGACCAUUUUGAAACCCCGCACCGCUUAGCACUAUGGAUAAGGGCCACACGGUUAAGCUCUUCGUAGGGAAUCUGGCCCUGGAAACCACGCAAGAAGAACUGUCAGCCAUCUUUGAGUCGUAUGGCCAGGUGGUUAGCUGCAGCGUCUUGAGACAGUUUGCUUUUGUACACUUGCAAGGAGAGGGCGCUGCUGAGCGUGCCAUCCAGGAGCUCAAUGGCCGAGAGUUCAAAGGACGCAACCUUGUGGUUGAGGAGUCCCGAGGACGCCCGCUCCACUCGACAAAGGUGUUUGUGGGUAAUCUGAGUAGUAUGUGCACCACAGAAGAUCUUCGGGAGCUGUUUCAGACCUUUGGCAAAGUUUUGGAGUGUGAUAAGGUGAAAGGUUAUGCCUUUGUCCACAUGGAGAACAAGGAGGAUGCGCUGCAGGCAAUUGAGGCUUUGCAUGGGACCUCCUUCAAAGGACGACCGCUCUCCGUGGAGCUGUCCAAAGUUCAGCCAAGUAAGCAGGCUCCGACUGGGAAAAUCCCGUGUGUCUGUUGCGGAAAACAGGGCCAUUAUGCAGGUGAAUGCCCAGCUGGUAAACCCACCCUAGAGCAGUACCAGAGCCAAGCGGCCGUGUUAGCCGCCGCCGCCGCUGCAGCGGCUGGCCUUCCACUGCAGGUUCAACAGAGUGUCCACAAUUCUGUGUACAACACCUCAACUUUUGACCCCACAUAUGCUGCUUUGACUGGACUUACAGCUGCUGGUGCGAGGGCGGAAGGAGGGACCGCCGUGGCGCCAGCUGUGUACGGUGCACUAGCUAGUCAAUUGUACGGGACGGUUUCCAAUCAGCUCUACGGUGGGACAGUUGCAAAUCAGGCACUCAACUCUGGUGCUGCUGCAGCUGCCACACAGGUGUACGGCUCCAUUAACCCAGCUCUCUAUGGGCAGGUGACAAAUGGAGCAGUCGCAGCUGCCGCUGCUGCAUACAGUCCACAAGUUUACACGUCCGCUGUAGCGAAUCCAGUGUUCCUAGCUGCAGCGCACGGCAUGGAGGUACCGACCGCUGCUGCGGUUAACCAAGCUUAUACAGUAGCACCAGCUCUCUACACCGCUUCCCCGGCCUACGGGGGUUUUGGGGCAGCUGACCCAGCAGCUAUCUUUGAGGCAGCAAGGGCGCACUACUUUGCACAAGGACAGCAAGUUCUAGCUGAACAGCAACAGGCUUGCUCAAAGUCUGGAGAGAGGGACCGGAGUCCGCUAAGAAGAUCUGCCCCGCUGCUGCCAGACCCUGUUAUGAAACCAUUUAUGUACCAGAGGGCCAAGCGCAGAGCCUUGUUGCCUACACCUGCGGGUCGAGAGGAAGCCGCUGCACAGGAGGAUGACGCUGUAGCCAGGUACUACGCGGAAUACUACCAGCAGUACCUGCAGCUGCAGCAGUAUCCACAGUACCAGUACGCGUAUCCGUCCCCCAACCACCUCGCAGCGAUGACCGCACUGCAGACUCUGUCUGGUGUGCCUACUCAGCCGGUGGCGACGCUCGACUCCCUCAGGCCAGUGCUGCCCGCCGCCCCCGUGCCUGCCGCCAUCGCCAUGGCAACACCCCGCGUACUCGUAUGAAUCGGAGCCCUGAAAAGAAGCUAAAGGACUAGAGACUGAUCCCAAUCUCACCCCUGUCUCUAUGGAUGGGGUAAGUCUAGGGGCAACCCCACUCUAUACCCCACAGCUGCACACACCAUACCAAACCCCUUCCCCAGGAGCAGCAAAAUCUUCAACCCAGCUUUUGGUACUUUUUAACCACCCAUAGUCCCCAUGCAGCUUCUUUAACUGGAGUGUGCUUCAAUGAUGACUAUCCUUGACAUGCUUUUAUGAUGCAAGUAUAUUGUAAAACAUGUUUAUGUGUGAGUGUCAGGAGGCAUCCACACUGUAAAACCUUUUUGCAUUUCCUUUAGUUGUACGUGAUGGGGCUGCAAUUGUAAAUUCAAGAUCUCUCCCACAAGGCUUCGCUCACUUCUGCUUCCAUUGUGCAUGCUUCUUUUUUUUUUUGUUUUCUUGUUUUCACCCCCAAAAACAAAGAUUUCUGAUGUGACUGUUCCAACUGAACUAGGUCCCUAUGGAAAUGUGGACACCAAACGCAGAGCUGGUUUGGGGGGAAGAAAGUUAGCGUCGCGCAGUGUACGGGAAACUCUCUUUCACUCCAUACAGGUAAACGCACUGUGCCUCGCCCCCUUUCUACCUGUCGUCCUCCCCGAUAGCAUUUGCGCCUGACCGUGUAUCCGCUCUAUUUCUCCUCACCACCACCCCACCCCUCUUGUAGAUUCCUCACUUCUCGUCACCACUGCCAUAGCCAAUUGGUUCUCUAAACACCAGUGUUAUGCUACUCUGUCACUGCCAAAAGGGGGCCGGCGGGGGUAACCGUUUACUGCUUCUGUGGUUAGUGUGUCUCGGUAAUGGGUGGGUGCUUGGUGCUCCUAUAACUGAUGUGUUGGUUUAGCUUCGGAGAGAGUGUGGUGAUAAUGUGUCCGUAAGCAAUUAAAUGAGUGGGAUUGCUGGUCAAUGAUUGAAAGACUGCGUAAAAUGAGUGUCAAAACAAGUUUGCAAGGGUGGCUGAUAAAGGUGUGUGACAAAGGUGAGUGAUUGUGCGUCAGUAUCGUCGACCUCACCUGGCCCCCCCUCUCCAUGUGCCUUUUUUUUGUUUGUUUAUUUGAUUUAACCCUUGCCCCCAGGCUUCCUCGAGUCUACUCGCCGUUAACGCCCAGCUCACCGCCGCCCUCGUCGUAUCCACAGUGCUAGUUGUUACGUUUGUUCAGUGUUAACCACUGCUUGAACGCAUCCGCAAAAGCUCUGUGACUGGACCUGAGACACUGGCCAAAAUUUUAUUCGCAAGACUCUCAUUUGGGCUCAGUGACACUGGAAACCAUUAUCAAGCAGUGCUUGACUGUGAUGCGCUGCUCCACCGUAAACCAACAAGGCAUUCUUAUCAUAAACGUAUGCUUUUGUUUCCUAAAUUGACAACAAUUCUUGAGCAGAAGCUUAGUUAUAGUCAUACCAAACAGUUACCAAAUUUGGUUUUUGUUUGUCAGAUGAAAAGACAUUCUAUUUUAGGAGUUAAUCUGAAAGCUACCUUGUGUUACCUGUUCAAAUGAGAGUUUGUUAUAAUGUUUGUGUUUGAAAUAGCUGAAUGUAUAAGUAGGUGGCACAGAUUUAGAUCACCUACCUGGUUAAAAUACAUAGCCGGUAGAGGAAUGUCCUAGAAAACAAGCAGCUUCAGCUGGGGAAAAAAAAGACUGCUGAACCUGAGCUGCCGGAGGGAUACUUACAGGACCUUUCCUCCAGAGGGAGCAUGGUAGUGAAGUGUGGCUUAUUUCACUAGAAGGUGCUGUUCUUGAUUUUUUCUGAUGAUGAUGAUGUAGCAUCUUCCCAUACAUUGUCACACACAUCUGCAUUGCUUCUUGUCUAUAGUGUCUGUUUAACUUUGCCUGUAGGAAUGAGGGGAAAAGGACAAGAUGACCUCAGUUUUAGAUCUUAUUCUGGAGGAAAAGGAACUGUCCGUUACCUGAAAUAAGAUGUCACUUAUGCCAGAGACAGAGUAGUAGCUGGUACUCCCAAUGUUAGCGGUAUUAAGAUCUUUGGCUUGCAGAUAUUUCCAUGAUGUCCGUAGCAUCCGUUAAUGAUGACAGGUGUCUGCGGCAGAUAAUUAUCACUGGUUUUUGAGAAGAGCCUUCUAUUCAGAAUUUUGGUUCUUAAACAUGGUUCUUGGUUCGUAAACAAAUCACUUACCUCCUUCUCAAACUUGCUCUUCCAGCUUAAGUCUCUUUGAAUCUAGAUGAUACGCUCUUUCUGUCCACUUCCUCUCUAGAUAUCGUCGACCUUCUUGUUUAAACUGGACAAUAACAAUAACACAACCUCUCUUGUUUGAAUCCUAUUAUAUUUAGAAAACUUCAGUAUUUUAUUGUUUUUAAUUUUCCUUUUUUUUUCUCUCUGAUUCUUUAUAAGGAUAUCCCCUACUGAGUGAAAAGCCUACUCCAGUACUUUUGAAAGUCAAAGUGCAUAAUUUUUUAUAAUUCAUGUAUGAAACGAGAAUAAUUUGCAGGAUAGGAUGUGAGCUGGUCGUAAUGUUUUUAUCACCUUCUAAUGAAUAUAUGCAUGCUUUGUUAAUGUGUGUAUAUUGCAAAAACCUUGCGACUGGUAAAGUGUACUCUCCUACACCAGCUUCUGCAUGAACACUGUUUGGCAUCGCAUGCUUACUGCAAUAAACUAGAACUAUGACAGAAUACGCUAUGUUGUGCUCAUUUACUUGU